AGAGCCAUGCUCGCUGCUCAGUAGCUCAGCAGCCAGAGUGCGAGCAGAAAACAACAACAGGCUACUCUGCAAGGAAGGCAGCUGCAUGGAUAGCGACAACAACGACGAGCAGGACCUCAUGUACGCCGUCAUAUUUACUUAAAACAAAAUGCAUUUUAUAUUCAUAAUGCAAGGAACUCGGUGUUCAUGUGAGCUGUGCUGAUUUCGAUCCGUUACUUUGAGGGGAAAGUGUUUGUAAAGUAGCUGGCUAGCAGGCUAGCUCCCCGCGUCUUCUCUAUGGUUGAGUAUCUUCCGGCAGCAGCGGCGGCAGCAGCGGUGCCAUGAACAGCGGACUUCCACCUUCCGCUGCUCCGCUCGGGGGUGCCGGGAUACCCAGUGUCAAGGUGAAGUUUUGCCGAUACUACGCAAAAGACAAAACCUGCUUUUACGGAGAUGAGUGCCAGUUCCUGCACGAGGAUCCCUCCAUGGGAAGCAUGUCGCUGCACGGAGGUGGCGGCAGCCCCGUCCCGCUGCCCAUGGCCGGAGGUGGCGGGACGCCAGCGGGGUAUUCCCUCGGUGGUACGGCGACGGUCUGCCCAGGCGGUGGAGGGACCGGAGUGUCCAAGAAAAGCGAAGCACUAGGGCCUGCAGGCACGGCUUUGGAGGGGCAGCUGCUAACCAUCCCAGGGAUGGAGGGUCCUGCCCUUAGCGACGCCAAUCUCACCAACUCUUAUUUCAGCAGCAGCUUCAUUGGUGUCAAUGGGUUUGGAAGCCCUGCAGAGUCGAAAUAUACAAUGAUGCAGCGAAUGACUACCAGCAGCAGCUCUCCCAGUCUUCUCAAUGAUAGUGCCAAGAAUUUCAGCCACAGCACUCAUGAUCCAGUAAACUCCUCGACUUCGUCACUGUUCAGUGAUUUUGGUGCUCUUAGCAUUUCCCAGAGGAGAAAGGCUCCUAACCCCACUGCGAGUGAGUUCAUCCCUAAGGGCGCUCCGCGAAUGGCUGCCAUGACGCAGUCUGCAGUUCAGCCCUUCCCUUCUCCGCUCUUUGCUCAUCCUGGUCUUGGUGGCUCCACAGCUGCUUUGGCACCAGGCAUGUCUUUGUCUGCUGGGUCAUCUCCUCUGCACUCCCCAAAGAUCACACCUCACACCUCACCUGCCCCUCGUCGACGGAGUCACACCCCGAACCCCGCCAACUACAUGGUGCCCACCACUGCGGCCGACCAGGGGGCCCACAUCAUUCAGAAAGAGACCGUAGGGGGGACAACGUACUUCUACACAGAUAACACCCCAGUACCAAUGGCAGGGAUGGUGUUUCCUACCUUCCAUAUCUACCCCCCCACUGCCCCCCAUGUGGCUUACAUGCAGCCGAAAGCCAAUGCCCCGUCCUUCUUCAUGGCUGAUGAGCUCCGACAGGAGCUGAUUCACAGGCACCUGAUAACCAUGGCCCAAAUCGACCACUCAGAGAACCCAGAAGUACCGUCUGAAGUGGACAGCUACCACAGCCUGUUUCCCCUCGAGCCUCUCCCCCCGCCGAACCGCAUGCAGAAAACCAGCAACUUCAGCUACAUCACCUCCUGCUACAAGGCGGUCAACAGCAAGGAUGACCUGCCAUACUGCCUGAGGAGGAUACAAGGUUUCCGCCUUGUUAAUACAAAGUGUAUGAUGCUGGUCGACAUGUGGAAGAAGAUUCAGCACUCGAACACGGUGACACUUAGAGAGGUCUUCACCACAAAGGCCUUUGGAGACCACUCAUUGGUCUUCUCAUACGACUUCCAUGCAGGUGCAGAAACGAUGUUCAGCAGGCAUUUUAAUGACCCAGCGGCAGACUCAUACUUCACAAAGAGGAAGUGGGGGCAACACGAACCUCCGCCGCCACGGCAGCAUGCAGGCCUUCUGCCGGAGUCGCUUAUCUGGGCCUACAUCGUCCAGCUAAGCUCGGCCUUGCGGACCAUCCACACGGCUGGUCUUGCCUGUCGGGUCAUGGACCCCAGCAAGAUACUCAUCACUGGUAAAACCAGGUUACGGGUGAACUGUGUUGGGGUGUUUGAUGUCUUAACGUUUGACAACAGUCAGACCAAUCAUCUUGCCCUGAUGCCGCAGUACCAGCAAGCAGACCUAGUUUCUCUGGGCAAGGUGGUGCUGGCUUUGGCCUGUAAUUCGCUGGCUGGAAUCCAGAGGGAGAACCUGCAGAAGGCCAUGGAGCUGGUUUCUAUAAACUACUCUUCAGACCUCAAGAACCUUAUUCUGUAUCUUCUGACUGAUCAGUCUCGGCUGCGCAGCGUCAAUGACAUCAUGCCAAUGAUUGGAGCACGAUUCUACACACAACUCGAUGCAUCGCAGAUGAGAAAUGAUGUCAUCGAAGAGGACCUUGCCAAGGAGGUGCAGAAUGGUCGCCUUUUCCGCCUGCUUGCCAAACUGGGAACCAUCAACGAGCGGCCAGAGUUUCAGAAAGACCCGGCGUGGUCGGAGACCGGCGACCGCUACCUGCUGAAGCUUUUCCGGGAUCAUCUGUUCCACCAGGUGACGGAGGCGGGGACGCCGUGGAUUGACCUCAGCCACAUUGUCUCCUGCCUCAACAAACUGGACGCAGGUGUUCCUGAGAAGAUCAGCUUGGUGUCCCGGGAUGAGAAAAGCGUCCUGGUGGUCACUUAUUCGGACCUAAAGCGCUGCUUCGACAGCACCUUCCAGGAGCUGCAGGCCGCAGCCGCUGGCUCUCUGUAGCGCCCCCUAUCGGGCCCAGACCUGUAGCGCACCAUUGUACUACAGCGGAGAGGACCAGGGUCUCAGACAUCAGCACAGCGAAGGCAGCGAGGCGGGGCUUCGUGAACCUCAGUCACAUACACUGAUUCCUGUCCACCAGGAACCAUUUUUGUAAAGCAUAUAUAUAUUUUUUUUGUGGCUGAAAA